CUGGUUUCCCGCAGGUCCUAGUGCGACACUAACCGCUAUACCACACUGCUUCUCAAUCUUCUUCUCAAGGAAAUGGAGGCAUCCUCUUGAUUUUGUUAAAGCCAAACAACCACUGCAUUUCGGAUUUGCACCGCAAUCCCAAAACACAGUUGCAGAGAGAAGACUCGCACGAACCGGAUGCUUAGAAACAGCUUGCAGGUCUGUUCUCUGCAGAAACGUGCACACCCAUUCAACAUGCUGACUCCAGAGCGCAUCUAGAAACCCUUUUCAAGGAAACCCUCUAUAUGGGCUCCUGAAAUACCCCAGAAAGGAAAGAGGAGCAGUUUUUCUUAUAACAAUAGUAGCAAACACAAAGUUUGAAAGGCCUGGGAGAAGGGGAAUGUAUUUGCCUUAAAGAUGUACAGUAUAACGAAGCUGCUAAGCAACCCUUCACCACCACCACAAUGAGGGCUGGAUAUUUAAAACGGAGAAAGUGUUUGGGCUGCAUCUUGCAAGAGAGGAGUAUUGAAUGAAACCUGGCCAGCAGCUGUGACCCAAUAAAGCGAUUUCAUACUUUUGAGUUAAUUAGUAAUCUGCUCACUAGGGUCAAAAGUAGCAAGAGGCUAUCCACCAUUUUCCGCGUCAGUGCCUCAACAUAGAAGUACAGUACUCCUUCCUCUUCUCCCAGGCUUUCUGCCUGGGAAGAAACGAAACGCCCGAUUGCAGGAACACGAAAGCGAAACUGAGCUUGCCUAUUCUUCCUCCAGCUCUCGGAAAACAGCUGCUGCUGCUGCUUCUUGGGCGAUCAUGGCUACCGCAGAUCCAGCAAAACACCUUCAGGACGAAGUCACUUGCUCCAUUUGUUUGGAUUACUUCAAGGAUCCAGUCAUGAUCACGGAGUGCCAGCACGACUUUUGCCGAGCCUGCAUCACUAAGUAUUGGAAAAGAUCGGGAGCUUCCAUUUGCUGCCCGGAUUGCAGAAGAACAGCUUCCUGGCAAAGCCUGAAACCCAACCGGCGCCUGGCGAACAUGGUGGAAGCGGCUAAGCAGCUCCGUCUGCAACUGGAGCAAAGUCCAGGAAGGGAGAAGAUGUGCAGGGAGCACAAGAAGCCUCUGAGUCUCUUCUGCAAAACGGAAAAUGCCCUUAUUUGCAUGUUCUGCGAGAGAUCCAAGGCUCACAGAAACCACCGUGUUAUUUCCCCAGAAAGAGCUGCUGCAGAUUACAAGGGUGUACUACUUGGACAUCUAAAGGAACUGAAAAAAGAAAGAGGCAAGAUUCUGUCGGUUAAAUCAAAUGGUGAGAAGCCGUGCCAGGACCUAUUGGAAGAGGCAGAAGCCAAGAGGGGGGAGAUUGUGUCUGAAUUCCAACAACAGCGGCAGUUUUUGGAGGAACAAGAGCAACGCCAGCUGGCCAGGUUGGAAGAUAUAAAAAGGGAAAUUGAGAAGAGAAGAAAGGAUUAUGCAAACAAAUUUGAGGAUGAAAUAACCUACAUCAGCGACCUGAUUGGUGAGAUAGAAAAGAAGGGCAAUCAGUCAGCAGAUGAAUUCUUGGAGGGUAUUGGAAGCAUCCUGGACAGAUGCGAGACAGAGAAAUUUCAGUUUCCAGCUACUCCUGCUUCUGCAGACAUGAAGGAAAAGCUCAGGAAAUUCUCUCAAGAAAGUGCAUCUUUGACGAGUUAUCUGAGGAGAGUCAGAGACGGUUCUGAGCCCAACUGUUCUCAAUCCAACACGGUCAAAUCAAAAUGGAUAAGAGAAAAUGUGGUGUUGGAUCCGGAAACAGCCCAUCCCCGGUAUAUUGUGUCUUCAGAUGGAAAAUCAGUACGGUGGGGAGAUGUCCGCCAGGACUACCCCUACAACCCAAAGAGGUUUGAAUACGCCCGCUGUGUGCUUGGAACGCAGGGAUUCAGCUCUGGGAAACAUUAUUGGACAGUGGAUGUUGAGGAUAUUGACCACUGGGCUGUGGGCGUAGCCAGUGAGUCUGUGGAGAGGGAUAGAGAAAUUGAUUUUGAACCUGAUGAAGGGAUCUGGGCGAUGGGCUUUAGUUAUGAUCAGUACAAAGCUCUGACUUCACCUCCUACCGUUUUGGAGCCAGAAGAGGAUCCAGUAGAGAUCCAAGUUUCUUUGAACUAUGAAGCAGGAACUGUGGCUUUUUAUGAUGCUGAAGAUAAGACCCGCCUGUUUAUUUUCCAGUCAAUUGAUUUUGAAGGGGAGGAAGUUUUCCCCUUUUUCCGGAUUGGAAAUUCAUCUGCUCCCCUCCAGCUGUGCUCUUAAAACACAUGGUCCUUGGCCUGUGCUUUGCUUUGCCUUGCCUGGGUGCUCAGACGAAUCCAGGUGUUAGUCCCAAAGAGCAGCGGAUAUCAUUUCUGUGCACAUUGUCUUUGGAAGUCUGUUUCCAUCCCAGGCUGCUGUCCCACAUUCCCCUUCAACAAAGGACCAAGGUGUUUUGGUUUGACUGUGCAAAUGAUAGCUUUAUAAUUCAGUACAGCAAAGAAGCACUAUAAUAUUCCAAAUACUGUUUCUUUAAUUUUGCACCCUCUUGGUGGUGCCAAUGGGGGAUUUCCUCCCAAUGCAAGUUGCAGCUUCAGAGGGAUUAUCCUCGGGACCAAAGCAAAGGUGGAAAGGGUUAAAUCCUCCACCGCAUUUUGUGAUUCUCAUAAUCAUCAGCUUCUUCCCUCACUCAGCAUUUUGCAGUUUUAAAAACUUGCAUGCUAAAUGCAAGGCCAUAUUUUGUCUGCUUUUGAUUCUUAGUUUAUAUUAACCACACUAUUUAUUAGCAUGUAACUCCUCAGGUUUUUUUCUUUAGCUUUUUAUGUUUAAUAAACCUGUGAUUUGAUAUCUCCAUUGUCACCAUUGCAGUCUUUCGCUCAUUUCAUUAAUUCGUCAAUAAAAUUAUUUUAAAAAUCCUUU